AUGUCUCCACAAGGUCAUCCACUUAUUACCCACAACGUCAUCAUUGACCCCGCAAUUGCAUCAUGGACAUCGACCCGCCAGUACUUCCACCUCCUUCAGGAGUAUAUAAAACCCAUCACUGCUCCUCACGGCAACAGCGACUGGCAGAACCAGAGUGGACAAGGCUUCCAGGAUCAGGGCUUCCAAGGACAAGGAGGUCAGAACUUCGGAAACCAACGCGGCUACGACCAGGGCUCCCAGGGUCAGCAAGGCUUCCAGGGAGACGUCCAGGGCCAAGAAUGGACCGCUGGUCGCGGCGACAACUACGGCAACACCGGAACCCCCGGCAACACCAGCGACGCGAACACGUAUGGUGCCGGCGGUAACAACUUCGAGGGUGCCGGACGCCAGGGCGAUCAAAACUAUCAGAGCCAAGGCGACUAUGACCAGAACAACUGGGAUAACCAGCAGACUGGUGCUGCACCUGGAGGCAGGGCUGGCAAGCCAUCAGUGGGUCAGCGCAUUAAGGGCGACCUCGAGGAGGUGACGGGAAAGGUGACUCGCAACCAAGGCAUGGUUCAGCGCGGCCAGGAAGAGAAGUCCGGCUGGUAA